AUGGAGUCGUCCCCGCAGGCGGGAUCUUCUGAUUUCGACAUCAAAAGCACCGAGAAAUUACUAUCAGACCAGGAAUUUCAAACGCCAUCACGAAACCGUUUUGCUAUAUUAAGCAAUCGAUAUUUUCCCUUCCUAGGCGUGAUUUUCCCCACGGUUGUCAGUAGUCUCCUUUUAGCUGCAGACCAACGUCAUGUGUUUAUCUCCGGCGGUGUCUUUUACGAGUCAAUCAUUCGGAAUCGAGCUUCAUUCCAAAUGGGAGUCCAUAUCCUCGCAGGCGCACUCGGCCUGAUUCAAGUAGCAGCAAUCUGGCGGCUUUGCAACUAUGCCACUCGAAGACGUCUGAUCAAUCGGUCAAUCCCCAGUGAUUUGUUGGACGUCUGGAAUAAUUUCAAUUUGACUUCAAUGAGUUGGGAGUUGUGCUUUGUUCGCUCCCUUUUUAUAUUGCUCUUUGCUUUUGCAUGUGCAGUCCCCUGCCCGUUAUGGGCAGGUGCAGUUACACCGGUCGACACCCAUUUUUUUCGACCUUCAAUGGUUCUGCUUCCCCAGUACGCGAACAUGACCUCGGUACGCGAGUGGCCGUCAGAAAUUCAUUCAUCGGGGCCCACUCUACGAAAUGAUAGGGGACUCUUCACUUACUCUCCUGCCAUGGCAUACCAAGGACUUCUUUCACAAUCCCUAUCUACAGCAACGACUAUGGACGGCUCACCGCGUCAACAUGCCAAGUAUGACAAUUCAAAGUUUCAAUAUAUUGGGCGCUCAUUCGGUGUUGGUGCAUCGAUAGGCCUUGCAGAUGACCAUAUUUUGGAUAAUUCCAUUGUCACUGGCUAUACGUUCAAAGAAGUUGGUUAUACAGCUGACACCAUUUGUAUAUACAAUCAAAGUGCUGAUUUCAGACUGGUCAACGAUGGGGUACAAUUAUUUGCUGCUCGAGGCUCCCUACCUGACAGCACAUCUGGAGAAUUUUCCGUUUACCUAGGACAUACAUCGAAUUCAAUCGUUGCCUUUGGAGUUGCUGCCGACAAUACGGGUUACAACCCAAGAUAUCUUGGAAUCGCAGCAGGAAGUGACUAUGGAAAUCUCAACAUGGCUCAAUGCAGAACUGUGUACAACCCGACACUCUUCGACAUUUCUGUUGUGCUUGCAAGUAAAACCAUUACUGUUACACCAACAAAUGCAUAUGCAGUCGACAUUGAGCCCUCAGGGACUCUGACACAUGUGCUUGAAAGACAAUUUGAGCUUUCUUCGAAUGACAUGUCGAACAUCUAUCAGAGCGUCAUAGGCAAUGCGCUUAAUUUUAGCAUCGCCGAUUAUCGUAGCAGCGCACAACAUACCGGCAACCCACUACGUGAGCAAGAUAUCAAUCUUGCAGGUAUUCAGAACUCCAUAACCGCAAUGAUAGAUGAUCUUCUCGUCACAUACGCGAGCGCACAAUUAAUGAUCGCCAACGAUACCAAAACCGCCGAUGCCACUGUCACCGUAGCCGCUUUUCGCCUCGGUCAGCCUGUAUAUAUCUACUUGGUAUUCGGCUUCAAUCUUCUGAUUGUGCUUGGGGCCACUACGUAUCGUCUGGAAGAAAAAGAGGCAGAGGAAGAUGACGAUGAGACGUGGCAAAGCUUCGAUUUUGCAAAGAUAUAG